GUUCUUGGCUAAACUACAGGAAUCCGAAAUUUUAAGAGUAAAAAAAAGUAGAUUUUUCACCGAUUUGCGACUGCCUGCUUCAAUGUCUGUGAUGUCUAUUUUCAAUUAAUUAUCCACUGAAGAAGCUAAUGAUGUUAUGUUAUUCAAUCGGUUAAUAAUAAAUAUAGCACAGUAUUUUACUCAGUUUUGUGAUCAAGAGGAUAUAAUCUACGUAACAGACGUUAACGGAAUCACAAAAUAUUGAUUGUUGCCUAUCCAAUGAGAUGACAAAUUAAUAUGAUGUCAAGUGUGUUUUAAUUUAUCAAUAAAAGCUUGCUCUUAAAACUAAACAGUCAUAAAAACAAACGGAAUGAAUUUGGAUAACUCUUCAAGAGAAAAUUCCGAAGCACUCGAUUCCAUCGGUACAGUGAGCCCUCGGGAGAAGUGUCACGGCAUGAGGGAGAAAAAGUUAUCGACGGCGUCACUCACGAACACCGAGGGGGCGCGGCCGAAGGUGGUGACUGUGAAGCAUCCAGAGUCCAACAAACCCAAACCCACCGCCAAGAAGAACAAGCCCAUCCAAGCCGAUCUCGAUGUUAUCAAAGAGUUCAUGCGUUGCCGUGAAGAGGGGGUGCGCAGACUCGAUCUCAGUAAGUCGUCUAUCACAUCUCUGCCCCCAAAUGUCCGCGACCUGACUCACCUGGUUGAGUUCUACUUAUAUGGAAAUAAGCUGGUAGCACUACCAUCGGAGUUUGGAUGUUUAACAAACCUUCAAACACUAGCAUUAAAUGAAAACUCACUGACUAGCCUGCCAGAUUCCCUCGCAAAUUUACGAUGUUUAAAGGUUUUAGACUUACGUCACAACAAACUCAGUGACAUACCUGAAGUUGUGUAUAAACUUACUUCACUUACUACAUUGUUCUUACGUUUUAAUAGAAUCAGAGUGGUUUGUGAUGGCAUAGCCAACCUAACAAAUCUUACCAUGUUGAGUUUAAGAGAAAAUAAAAUUAAGGAGCUGAGUUCUGGUGUUGGAAAGCUUGUUAAUCUGGUCACAUUUGAUGUUUCCCACAAUCAUCUGGAGCACCUGCCCCAGGAAAUUGGGAAUUGUGUAAACUUGUCUACUCUAGACCUACAGCACAAUGAUCUCCUAGAUAUACCAGAAACUAUUGGGAACCUCCAGGCCCUGACACGCUUGGGCUUGCGAUACAACAGGUUAACAGCCAUACCUUCCACUCUGAGCAAUUGUAAACAUAUGGAUGAAUUUAAUGUAGAAGGUAAUUCCAUAUCUCAACUCCCUGAAGGUCUGCUUUCCUGCCUCAAUGAACUCACCAGUAUCACAUUAUCCCGUAACUGUUUUGCUAGUUACCCUGCAGGAGGACCUGCACAGUUCACUAAUGCUUUCUCUAUUAACUUGGAACACAACCAAAUUGAUAAAAUCCCAUAUGGUAUAUUCACAAGGGCUAAGAAUUUAACAAAGUUGAAUAUGAAAGAAAAUUUAUUGACUUCGCUGCCACUGGAUGUUGGCACAUGGGCCAAUAUGGUGGAGCUCAACCUGGGCACUAAUCAGUUAACAAAGUUACCUGAUGACAUACAAUGUCUUCAGAACUUGGAAGUGCUCAUACUCUCUAAUAAUUUGUUAAAAAGAAUUCCCCCUAGCAUUGGGAGUCUUAGAAAGUUGCGGGUUUUAGAUUUGGAGGAGAAUAAGCUUGAAGUGUUGCCAAAUGAAAUAGGAUUUCUCCAGGAUUUGCAAAAAUUAAUAGUACAGUCUAAUCAAUUGACAACCCUGCCUCGUUCACUUGGGCAUUUGACUAACCUGACCUCACUGAGUGUGGGUGAGAAUAAUUUGCAGUAUUUACCAGAAGAAAUUGGCACUCUUGAGAACCUAGAGUCACUAUAUUUAAAUGACAAUCCUAAUUUAUGCAAUCUGCCAUUUGAACUGGCUCUAUGUGUCAGUCUGCAAAUCAUGAGUAUUGAGAAUUGUCCAUUAACUGCCUUGCCCCCUGAGGUGGUGUCCUCUGGCCCGUCCCUUGUCAUCCAGUAUUUGAAGUCCCAGGGCCCAUAUAGGGCGAUGUGAUAUCAAGAUGAUUGUUUACCAUCCAGUGAAGGCACUUAAGCUUCACUUGUAUUCAAGGGGUAAACUUCAAAGCAAGUUCCAAGUUAAAAUGUAUACUCAAAAAUCAAAAUCCCUUUUAUGGUUUCAAGAACAUGUUUUAUUGGAAACAGCAAAAUUAUUAUGUAGUAUUAACUGUUAGGAAUUUUCUAAUAACAAUAGGUAGACGGAAAUCAAAUUUUAUAUAAAUUAAGUUACAUUUCCUUGAUUUAAAUAUUUCCUGUAUGAACUAUAUAAUAUGACUAAAUUGUUUCGAGCUUCCUUGAUAAUAACAUUAAUAACAAAUAGUUAUGUUAAGCAUUAGUUCUUCCCAAGUUACUGUUUAUUAUUUUAAUAUGUGUAUUGAAGAUACAGAUGUGUUAAAUCAUUUUAAAUGAAGUUAAUGUAUAUAUUUAUCAACUUAUUAUUUAUAAUGAUAAAUUAAAUGUUAUCACGGCAAACAAUAAAAUAUUUAUAUAGUAUAUCUUUUACAUAAGAUAUUUAAUUUACAAUUACAUAAUUGUAAUUGAAUAUAUUUAAGCACAAUUAUUAUUUUCAUACAAUUUAUUUCAACAUGUGCAAAAAUAUUUUUAUCUUUUUCUACAGUGCUAUAAACUUUUUGAGUACCUAUGUGAAGUUUUGAAGCUUUUUAAGCUCAUGAAAGUAUGCUAAUAAUGUGAUGAGUCAUGCAUAAUUGUGAAGUUCUUAUUGAUCUUCCCUUAGUAAUAUGUUGUAACCAGUUGGAUCUCAACUCUUUGUCAUGUGUAGCAUAAGUUUGUGAAAAUCAUUUUGUUUACUGAUAUGAUGAUAAGUACAUAUUAAGUGUCAUAGUAGAACUUGCUCAUCUUUGAUGUUAUUUGGAUAGUACUAUCUAUAUUCUACAGCAUUUGAAUUAGUUUAAGAUCCCUUGUAUGAUGAUGGUAGAUGGCAGGAAAUGAGCUUAAAUGUUUAUUUAAAUACAUAUAUACAGUAAGUUAGUUGAGGUAUUUAUUAAUUUUUGUCACAAUUUAUUUGCUGUGAAGUUGUGUACUAUCAUAAAUGUUGAUAGGUGUACUGUCCUAUUUUAUUGCAUUUAUUUUCGUAUUCAUUAUAGUAAAAGUAAAUACUACUUUGAUAUAGAUGUGUAUAUGACAUUGAUAUUUUGUUAAGAAUAAACCUAAUUGUUAGAUGGGAUAUGAUCUAUUCUCACAUCACAAGUUUUAUUACACCGUUUUAUUUGCUUUACUGGCUCUCUUGUCUAGAGCAUAAAUACGCACAUUUUAUAGUAAGACUUGUAAUAUCAAUUACUUAUAGUUGUGCAUUUGAUUGAUCACACCUUGCUUUAAUUUUAAAUAAUUUACUGUGUUAGAUAUGAUAUGAUAUAAUUUUUAUACUAGUCAUUGAGUUUUUGGUCUACAAAGAAUACAAAAUUUAUUGAUUAUUGAAACUAUAGGUAAUGUUCGUAUAUAACAAUAUGAAAAGCAUUUAUGUGUACUGUACAGUCAGCUGCAGAAUAGAGUACAAUCUGACUUAUUGGCUCUAGCUGCAGUUCUGCAUAGUUCAAGUACCUUAUUCCCUGGCAAUAAGAUUGAAAUUGUUAUGUCGUUGACGGUACUAAAUACAUGUUGUAGACGCUAACGGGGUGUUUUUACUUUAAUUAGGCGAUAGACAACCUUAGGUACCGGCCACAUCAGAGCGUCGCGUGUCUCGGGGCGCGCAACGGACGUCCGCGCCACGCCACCUGA